GCGGAACGGCGGCUUCAGCGCGAAGUCUGCAUUUACCUCGGCUCCACGAAGGAAUAUUCAAAGAGGAGUGGCAGUCAGGAAAUUUCAACCAGGCAUCACAUCAAAUACUGCCAGGAUCACUCAACCUGAGUUUUAUCAGCCUCUGAAUGAUGUUCGAGGUGGAAGAUUGACAACCCAAAAAUCACAUCAGUGUUUGGCAAAGUUGCUGAAUUUAUCAUUGCCUGAUAAGAUUCUGACUAUGGAAGGAGAAGGCAGUGUUGAUGAGCUCACUGGGGACAAACCAUGGAAAUGUGUGGACUGCAAAGUGGGAUUCAGGUAUCCAUCUCAGCUGGAAACUCAUCGACGUACUCACACCGGAGAGAGGCCAUUCCUUUGCUCUGUCUGUGGGAAGAGAUUCGCUCUGUCAUCAGACCUGCUAAGACACCAGCGAGUUCACACUGAGGAGAGACCUUUUAAAUGCUCAGACUGUGGGAAAUGCUUUAAAAGUUCCGGGAACCUGCUGUCCCAUCAGCGUGUUCACACUGAUGAGAGACCAUUCAGGUGUUCUCACUGUGGGAGUCGUUUCAGGCGAUCGUCCCAUCUCGCUGUACACCAGCGAACUCACACUGGGGAAAGAUUCACCUGCUCCAAGUGUGGGAAAGAAUUCACUCGGUCAUCCAGAUUGCUGAAACACCAGAAAAUUCACACUCAGCCGAAACAAUUGACCUGCCCUGAAUGUGGGAAGGGAUUCACCGAGUUGUCCUCCCUGCUGAGUCACCAGCGAGUGCACGCUGGGGAGAGACUAUUUAUAUGUUCCAAGUGUGGUCAGGAAUUCAUUCAUUCAUCCAAGCUGCUAUUAGAUGAGGAAGUUCAAACUGGGAAGGGGCCAUUCACCUGCCCCGAGUGUGGAAAAGAAUUCACUCUGUUAGCCACUCUGUUGACUCAUCAGUAUGUUCAUGCACCACCAUUAACUUGUCCUGCGUGUGUGAGGGAUUCUCUCUGUUAGCCACUGUACUGACAUCAGCAUGCUCACACAUCAUCAUUAAUUUGCACGAAAUGUGGUAAGGAAUUUACUCAGUUGGCCUACUCUUUGAGAUGCAGCAAGUUCACAAUAGAUUGAUUGGAUUUUUCUGUUAAUCAUAUCCAAGACUGGUCUAAUUUAGUGUCUUCAUAAUAAAGCAAGCGCUCGGUAACAGUCAUCACUACAAGAUUGAAUUGCCCAUUCAUUUUUAGGGAGAGAAGAGUUAGUCUAUGACAAGACGUUGGAAGUCAAAUGAAGGCAAAGACAUAAGUGGCUAAACUGAACUGAAAUAUGUAGUUUCUGGGUGACUAGAUGAGACAGUGUCAGACAUUUGAGAAGAUAUUUCAUUACAUUCUGCAACUUUGCUUUCUGGUGUGAAAGAAGGAUUCUAGGAGAAGGCUCCACACCAAUGGAUAACUAAGAAUAUUAAAGAGUGCAUAAAGUUAAAGAGAGCAAGUUAUAAUUGUGUGAAGACGAGAAAGAAUUCAACAAUCGUAUAGAUCAACAAUCAAUAGUAUAGUAUAGAAAAACAAUGUAUGAAAUGAGAGUAUGAGAUGAACUGGCUGAAAAUAUGAAAAUAGAGGUUCUGAAAGUGUUCUAAAAUGAAACGUAUUAUUCUUCUACUGAAUGAGUUUGGGAAUGAAUAUUGGAUAUUAAGGAAUUCACAGAAAUGUUAAACAGAUAUUUUUGGGGCAUGUGCAUUGUAUAUAAAUAACAUCACAAAUGUAACAGAAAAUCAAGGCAUGAAAGGGAGAGAGAAACUUGGAAAUAAUUGCAAUCAUCAAGGAAAGGAUACAGAGGCAAUGAUCAGAGCUAAAGGUUGACAAGUAUUCAGAAUCUGAUAGCCUGCAUCUUGGACUCUGAAAAGCAAUGGUUGUGGAGAUCCUGCGUGCUCUGGUUCUAAUUUUCCAAAAUAUUCAGGAUUCCAUAAAGAUUCCAUCAAAUUAGAGAAUCACAAAUAUAAUUCCUCUAUUCAAGAAAUAAUAGAGACAGGACUCAGGAAUCAACAGGUUUCUGAGCCUGAUAUCUAUCACAGAGAGGUCGUUAGAAUCAAUUGAGGAUGUUAUAGAAUGAUACUAAGAAGAUUGAAAUGCAGUCUACAGAGUCCAUGUGGAUUUGUGAAGGGAAAUAGCAUUUGACAAAUUUAUUAGUGUUCUUUGAGGAAUCAAUGUGAUGUGAUAUUUCUAAGUGACAUUUUGAAAGGUGACAACACGAAAAGCUUCUAGUGCAGAGAAUGAUAUGAAUAUGAAUACCAGAUUGGUUAGAUAACAGGGAGCAGAGAGUGGAGAUAGUUGGAUGAAUUUUGGGUCAAUGAGCUGUAAUUAGUGAAGUGCCACAGGGAUCAUUGUUGGGACCUCAAUUUUCUUAAUUCAUAUCAAUGACUCCAGUGAUGGGACUGAAUAUAUCGUCACACAUUUGUUGAUGAUUUAAAAGCAGGCAGGAAAUGAAGUUGUGAAAAGAUAGGAGGCAUUUAGGAUAAGUGAGUGGGAGAGAAAAUGACAAAUGGAAUAAAAUGUAAAAAAAAAUGGACUUGUGCAAUUUGGCAGGAAGACUAGAAAUGAGGCAUGUUUGAGUUAGAGAUUAGGGGUGGCAUGGUGGCUCAGUGGUUAGCACUGCUGCCUCACAGUGCCUGGAGCCCCAGGUUUGAUUCCACCUUUGGGUGACUGUUUGUGUGGAGUUUGCAUGUUCUCCCUGUGUCUAUGUAGGUUUCCUCCCACAGUCCAACAGUGUGCAGGCUAGGUGGAUUGGCAUUGCUAAAUUGCCCAUAGUGUUCAGGGAGUGUGUAGAUUAGGAGGAAUAUGCGGAUGGGUUGGUGUGGACUUGUUGGGCCGAAGGGCCUGUUCCUACACUAUAGGGAUUCUUAAAAAAAAAUUACAGAACAAUGAGGCAUCGAGAGGCCUGGCUGUCCUGAUUCAUUCAUCACAGCACACACAGCAAGUGAAUAGGAAGGGAAAUGGAAUGUCAUUGCUUCUCUAAACUGGUCCCUGUAAAGAGAAGUCUGUCCUGUGAUGAAAAACUGAGUCAGUCAGGCCUGGGAUCUCCGAAAUUUGGAAGAUUGAGAAGUAAUCUCAUUAAAAUAUACAGAAAUCGGGAGGCCAUUUACAAUAUAUUUUCCAAAUGACCUUGUUUCUCUCUAUCUCUGUAUUCUGCAGUCACACAACUAUUUGGAAUACCAGUCCUUUCUCAUUCCAUCCUCUUUGCCUCCCUGACUUUAAUUACUCCACCAGUGUUGGCUUUGCCUGGAUGUGAAGCUCUAAAAUGACCUCUCUAAACGUCUUUUCCCUCUCACUUGGUUAUAGAUGCUUGUUUGACAUGGGAUCUCCCACUUAUUAGGAUGCUGCUUGGACUGCAGCAAUUCAACUAUGAAGAGAGACGGAUGGGAUGGGGUUGUUUUACCUCAUGUAGAGAAGGCUGGCUGGUACCUGAUUGAGAUGUACAAAGAUAUUGAGGGAAGUAGAUAGGAAGAAACUUUACCUUUGGGAGAGGGGUCACCAAUGAGGUGGGACAGUCUUAAGACAAACCCCAGGAGGUGCAAAGUGGAUUGCAUGGAUUUUCUUUCAUUCAGAGAGUUGUAGACAAUGGGAACCUGCUGCCUAAAAUGGCUGGAAUGCUCAGGCAUUUUGGAACUAUUUUGAUCAGCAUUUGAAAGACCACAACAUACAAGGCUUUGAGUCCAAUGCUAGAAAAUGGGAUUAAAACAGAGAUUAUUGAGUGCCGGCACGUAUACGACGGAUCAAGGUGCCUCUUUAUAUGAUGUCAAUCUCUACGACUCUAUUAAAUACCAUUCUUCAUGUCAAUCUUUACUUCAACUGUUUCUUGAAGAAACUCCUUUGAAGACUAUUGACACAUUGUAUUACUUCAAGCAAGUUAGAAAGCAAGCUUGAUACUAUUUCGUGUCAUCAGUUUGUGCAGAGUAAGUAGCAAUUAGUGGGAUUACCCAGAUUAGUGCAGUUUUUUGGGAUGUGGAUUAUUUUAAGGCUCAAGUCUUGGUCUUACAACAUCAGGUGAACUCCUGUGGACAGUGUUUAGAAUUGUGGUCUGUGCUGAGAGUGGAGCUGAUUGAGUUGUCAGAACUGUAGUGAACUUCAAAAAACUGCUGUAUGGGAACUUUCCUCUUCAUUCAAUGACUUCCUGCUGAAGUUGAUUCUGAAUAAAACAGGUCACUAUGAAUCUCAAUUCUUUUGCAAUCUUUGGAGUAAAGUUUACAAAUUUAAAUCAGCUGUAAAGCAGAAAGAAAGUCCUCAUGUGUAUUUUGUAUCUUUCACAUACUCAGAAUGUCACAAAAUGAUUCAGUAUACGUUGAAUUUUGUAAGGAGCAAUGAGGGGCAGAACUAACUAAAUGAUAUGACUUUAAACAAGAGUACCUGGGAGUGCAUUACAACAAAUCUUUGAAUGUGAAAUGUUAUGUUGCUCAAGCUUAAUGAUCCUUAGUUAAGAUUUCCUAAAUCUUCAUAAGUCAUUGAUUCAUUCUCAGCUGCUAUAUUCUGUUCAGUUCUGAGGACCAGACUUUAGGAAAUAUGUCAGGUCUUUGAGAGAGUGUGGGGUCAGUUUCUCAGUAUCAGGGAUGAGGGGUUUUAGUUCAUUAGAAGAACAGGAGAAACUAUUCUCAGAAGAGUAUGAGGAGGGGAGGAAUACUGCAGGGAGUAACUCCCAUCCUGAUUCCCCAAAGCCUGUCCACCAUCUACAAGGCACAGGUCAGAGUCUAGUGGAAACCAUCUACUUGCCUAAAUGAGUGCAACUCCAAUAAUACUCAAGAAGCUUGACACCAUCCAGGAAAAAGCAGCUGGCUUCAUUAACAUCGCUUGCACAAGUAUGCAUUCCACCUACCACCGUGACUGAGUAGCAAUAUUAAAUACUAUCAACAAGAUGCACCUCAGAAAUUUGCCAAUAAUCCUGAGACAGCACCAUUGCAACAUAAGAACUAGGAGCAGGAGUAGGCCAUCUGGCCCCUUGAGCCUGCCCCACCAUUUAAUAAGAUCAUGGCUGAUCUUUUUGAGACUCAGUUCCACUUACCCACCCACUCACCAUAACCCUUAUUUCCUUUACUGUUCAAAAAAUUAUCUAUCUUUGCCUUAAAAAUAUUCAGUGAGGUAGCUUCAACCACUUCACUGGGCAGGGAAUUCCACAGAUUCACAACCCUUCGGGUGAAGAAGUUCCUCCUGACCUCAGUCCUACAUCUGCUUCCCUUUAUUUUGAGGCGAUGCCCUCUAGUCCUAGUUUCACCUGCUAACAGAAACAACCUCCCUGCCUCCACAUUAUCUAUUCCCCUCAUAAUCUUAUGUUUCUAUAAACAUAUGUUUAUAAACCCUGAGCACGUCCAUCUAGAAGGACAACGUUAGUAGAUAUAUGAAAACGCAAUCAUCUGCAAGUUACCUUCUGAACCACUCACCGUCCUGAUUUGGAAAUGUGUUACCAUUGCAUCAGUGUCACCGAGUCAAAAUCCUGGAAUUCCCUCCCUAAGGGCAUUAUGAAGCAACUUCCAGAACAUGGACUGCAGCGAUUCAGAAAGCAGCUCACUGCCACCUUCUCGAGGGCAUCUAGGGAUGGGCAAUAAAUGGUGGUCCAACCCACAUCCCACUGGAGAACGAGAAAGGUAACAUCACUCUCAUCAGGGUAGAGAAGUAAAGGAGUGAUGCGGCCUGUCACUCGUUUACUCCCUCUUAUUGGAAGACUAGCCACACCCAUAUUGUACUUAAACCCCACCCUUCACUAAUUCUUAUUGAUGACCAGUUUGUUUAUCUUGGUGCAUUUUCAGUCUCACUGAUUGAAGAAGAUUUCAGCUGAUAUCCUAAAUUAAUCUAGUCCCAUUUUCCAGCAGUUGGACCAUAACCCCCAUACCCUUCUUAUUCAUGUACCCAUGCAGAUGCCUUUUAAAUGUUGUAACUGUACCAGCCUCCACCACUUCUUCUGACAGAUCAUUCCAUACAUGUAACACCUUCUGCACGAAAAAGUUGCCCCUUAGAUCCCUUUUAUAUCCUUCCCCUCUCCCUAUGCCCUCUAGGGAAAAAGACCUUGGCUAUUCACGCUAUUCAUGCCCUUCGUGACUUUAUAAACCUUUAAAAGGUUACUCCUCAGCUUCUGAAGCUCCAGGGAAAAUAGUCCCAGCCUAUUCAGCCUCUCCCUAGAGAUCAAACCAUCCAACCCUAGCAACAUCCUUGUAAGUUUUUCCCCCAAGUUUCACAACAUCUUUCCUAAGCCGGGAGACCAGAAUUUCUUGCAGUAUUCCAACUUGGGCCUAACCAAUCUUGUUGAAUGGCUGAGCAAACUGAACAGAGAACUUUGGGAGUUGUCAUCAUGUACUGUUUUAUACAAUUCUCAUAUCCCAGAUCAUCAUACUCUUUAACAUGAGAUUAUAUGCAAGAUUGAGAUAUUCAGACUAGACAAAUCUUGGUUUCCACCACAUUUUCCUUCUUGAAUCACUUCUUGUCCCUCUAAUGCCAUGUGUCUGUACAAACAAGUACAGUUGUAUCUCCAGGGACUGCUGAUCGCACUACAGAAGAUAAAACAGCAGAAUUCAUGAGGACAACCUAAUCAAGAUGACGUGUGAAUGAAUGAAAAAGGAAUUGACAGACAAUAAUGUUGAACUCAAAUUGCAUUUUAUUUUGAUCACUAUUUAAACCCGUGUCAGGGGAAAUUCCACCAAUUUCUUUAACUGCUCUCUGAACUUACACUGGGUUGUUACAGGAAUUCAAAAGCUGAAGCAUUUACCAACCUUCCUCAAGAAUAAAAUUUAAUUCAUUGUAAUUUGAACCUGAGAAAUAAAUGAUAUUUGCAAUUUGAACACGGAGGAAUGUCAUAUAUAUGACAUAUAAUAUAUUGAUUGGAGGCUGCAAACAAA